AUCUUAGGUUCGACUUCGACCACAGUAAACAGUGGUGCAACUGAUCAAGAUUCAACGGAAAAGCGAAUAAGACGUGAAAUAGAAGAGGAGGAUGUAAGUACUUCUGACACUUUGGACAGUUCUGACAGUGAAGAAGAAAUUGAUGAAGAUAUCUGUACUGAGAUUGUACCUGAAAAGAAGCAAACAGUAUCACCUUCCUAUAUUAAGAGCUGUUCUCAAACACAGAUUAAGACGAAUAGUAUACUUGACCAUACAUGGAAAAUUAAUCAAUUUAUGUGGCUUUAUAAUACUGUGAAGACAAUGACAUAUGUGUCUCCACCAUUUCCAGAAACUGGUCAAUACCGGAUUCAAAUGAAAGUUUUACCUCGAACUAGUUACUACUCUGGGACGUAUAAUGUAGUAUGCUUUUAUAUACUUACUAGUAAUACAUUUAACGCUUUGUGUACCACUACUAUAUCGCUAUUAUCUGGAAAAGUUUUAUCAUCAAAAUCCAUAUCAGGUCCUAUAUCGAAUAACACAUUGUUAAUUGAAAUCCAGAGAGACUUGGACAAACUUCUGUCACAUAGAGAUGAGCUUACAAUUCAUUGCAAGUUCGAAUUUUUUUGUAAUCUGAUAAAUAAAACUAUACGUUUGAAUUCACUACCAUCUUCAAAUAAAGUUUCAGAAAACGUGACAUAUUUUGAAGACUUGACUUUUGAUGAGUUUUGCUCUAAAAAUAAAACGGCUUCAGAAAAAAAAUCAGUUGAUAGAAAAUAAAUGUUGCAUAAAAAAAAAAUUGUUCAUUAACGGUAGUUACUUUAAGAAUGUCUACCUUAUACAUGAUGGGAUAGAAAGAGAUAUGACUGAAAUGAAUUAAUAACGUAUAAUGAGGUAGAAAUAUUUUUUUAACAGAUUUAAUUAUAUUAUAACUGGCUCAAUAAGACAAUGUGAUAUGACAUGCUUAAAAAAUUAUUGCCUACAGCUGCUAAAUAUGAUGUACUAGCUUUGAAAUUAACAUGUAAACAUUAUUUGUUACGCAGUCUUACGAUUGAGAAUGCCGUAGAACUUAUGCAGCUUGCGUCUUCGUGUAAUGCAAAAUUUUUAGAAGUGCAUUCGGCAAAUUUUAUCAAGUGUCAUGCAAAAGAAAUUACAAAUACUAAAAAAUAUUGAACUCGUUCACUAUCAAGAUAAAAUUAAUGCAGAAAGUAAAGGAAAAUGUAAAACACGCUUGAAAUCAACAUUAAUCAUUUCUUUUUAUUAUUGUUGAUAACUAAUUAAAAUUUUUUAACGAUUAAUAUUCGAUUUAUAUAAU